GGGAGGGGGAGGCGGAGGCGGCGUGGGGGGCUCCACUACCCCCGCCUCCUCCAGCGCCCAGCUCCUUAACAACCGCCAACAUCACUCUCGCGCCGCCUCUUCCACGAACGCCAACAUCAGCAACAGCGGUACCGCCUCGCGCCCCUCCUCCUCCUCCUCGCAGCCGCCACAGCACCAGCAGGAGCCCGAGCAGCAGCAGAGCCUUCUCAGAGAGCGGAAAAAGCAGCGCGGCGUCGGACGGUGGAGACGCAGCCGGGCGACUCUCGGUGGAGAUCUGCGCCACUCGGAGCUGGCGCUGCUCGGAUCCGAGGAAAAUAUCAUGAUAGAGGAGGAGGAGGUCGAAGGAGCCGAGGAAGAGGAGGAGGGAGAGGAGGAGGAAGAGGAGGAGGAGGAGGGGGGCUACUGGGACCGGGAAAGCAAGAGGGCGAGUUUUCUCUGUAACAUGGAUGAUGAGGAUGAGACCGUCUCCAUGACUGACAGACGCCCUCAGUCCGGUUACGAAAAUGUUUACAACGAGUGCGGCUGCUGCGAGAGAGUUGUCAUCAACGUGUCGGGACUGAAGUUUGAAACUCAGCUCAAGACUCUCAGUCAGUUUCCGGACACUCUCCUGGGAGACCCCGACAAGCGCAUCAGGUACUUCGACCCACUGAGGAACGAAUACUUCUUCGACCGGAACCGGCCAAGUUUUGACGCCAUUCUUUACUAUUACCAGUCAGGGGGGCGGUUAAAAAGACCAAGCAACGUCCCGUUCGACAUCUUCUCUGAGGAGGUGAAGUUUUAUGAACUCGGGGAGGAGGCGAUACUCAAGUUUCGGGAAGAUGAGGGUUUUGUCAAAGAGGAGGAAAAACCUCUGCCAGAGGACGAGUUUAAACGCCAAAUUUGGUUGCUUUUUGAGUAUCCGGAGAGUUCGAGCCCCGCCAGGGGCAUAGCAGUCGUGUCAGUCCUGGUUAUAGUCAUUUCUAUUGUCAUUUUCUGCCUGGAGACGCUGCCGGAGUUCAGGGAUGAAAAAGAGUAUCUACAGCCAAGACUCAACUCCACUCAACCUGACCACGGAUAUACUCCUUUCAAUGACCCUUUUUUCAUCGUGGAGACGGUUUGCAUCAUCUGGUUCUCCUUUGAGAUUAUAGUUCGUUUCUUUGCGAGCCCAAGCAAAACUGCUUUCUUUAAAAACAUUAUGAACUCAAUAGACAUUGUAUCCAUUUUGCCUUAUUUCAUAACUCUUGGCACAGACCUGGCGCAGCACCAAGGCAACGGACAGCAGGCGAUGAGCUUUGCCAUCCUGAGAAUAAUCCGCCUUGUCAGGGUGUUUCGCAUCUUCAAACUGUCCAGGCACUCCAAGGGGCUGCAGAUCCUGGGCCAUACCCUGCGCGCCAGCAUGAGGGAGCUGGCCCUCCUCAUUUUCUUCUUGGUCAUAGGUGUCAUCUUGUUCUCCAGCGCGGUGUACUUCGCCGAGGCGGACGAGCCCACCUCACAGUUCACGAGCAUCCCAGACGCUUUCUGGUGGGCCGUGGUGACUAUGACCACAGUGGGCUACGGUGACAUGAAGCCCAUCACUGUCGGUGGGAAGAUAGUGGGCUCUCUGUGCGCAAUUGCUGGCGUGCUAACCAUCGCGCUCCCAGUGCCGGUAAUAGUGUCCAAUUUCAACUACUUUUACCACAGGGAGACCGAUAACGAAGACCAGCCGGCGGUGGUGGAGAGCAUGCCCCCGGGCUGCCCUUAUUUUUCGGACUUUCUAAGGAAAUUCAAGGGGUCACCCUCCGGCUCCUCGCUGGGUGACAAAGCGGAGUAUAUGGAGAUGGAGGAAGGGGUGACGGAGUCGCUUUGCGGACUGGACAAAAGUCCCAGUAAAGGGAACGGCACAGAGAUAAUCAGAAAAAACAGUACCAACUCAAAAUCUAUUCAGACUGACGUGUAAUUAAGAUACAAAUAGAAUUUCCUAUUUUUUCAAGCAAGAUUACGCCCUAUAAAGGUAUGCGCAACAGUAGGUGGUCCCCCUAGAUUUACGCACUCUUCAGAGCCCACAUAGCCUAUACUCACACACGCACGCACGCACAUACAGAACCCAGCAUUCUCUCCAUCUCAGAACAAUAAUCUCUCCCAAAUCUUCUCCACAUUGGUGAACCAUUAGGAACAGUUACGAGUAAUAUAUGCCUAAUUCAUUACUUAAACCUGUGCGGGCUUCCAAAUCUGACAUUAUCAAAACUCUAGCCAGGCUAUGCAUUCGCACUUUAUGAGUUUCAUUUGUCAAUAACAGUAAGAGUAGGAAUGAUUGUUUUGCUGUUAUGCAAUAAAGUAAAAAUUGUUUGCACUAAUGUAGAAUUUGCGCUGGGUUUGGCAGAUUUUUAUUUUAGAGACAGAAACUGUAGGCCAUGCAAAUGGCAAUAAUUUAGUCAUCCUCUAACCACUUACCUAGAGAAUGUUUUAGUAACUUCCACAAAGAGCAAACCAAGGAUAUCAAUAACCCCUUGUAUAUGCUGCCAGUAAAAACUGGAUAAAGAAAAAGCCCAAAUCAGAUAAAAAUACUUUUGUUACUGUUCAAACACUUAUUAACAAAAGGUUCACUGAUAAGACAGCAUUUAGCACUCAUCAAAUAAACCAGGGCUAGAAUUGUUUCUGUAACAUCUACACAAAUAUGCUUUUCCACAACCGGCCAAGAAAAGCCUAAGCACAGAAAUAAUUAAACAUGGCUGGAGAAUCGACUUGCCCCGCCAGGUUUUGUAUGGGCAUGCUUGGAGCCUUGGCGACAACAGUUUCCCCAGUGUCAUCCAAACCACCUCAAAAUGACAAUAUCCCUUUACACGGAUGCGGAUGGAAAGCUAUAGCAAAAAUGACUGUUGUGGAAACUUCUUGGAGGAGAGUUUGCGAGCAGCUUCUUCUCCUGUCCGUUGGACUUUGUGCACAAAAUAUUUUUCCCCUCGAGAGGACUCUAUCUCCGAUCUCAGAGGAUCGUUGGGGUGUGGAUGUCUUCCAAGUGCUGCCAGUUACAGGGAGAGGGAGCACCCCCCGCAUCUCUCUAAACUGCAGAGAACAAGCAAAACAUUAUGACCGGUCAUCUUGAGCAUGAACGGACACCGAAAAGCAACAACAACUGGACAAGACUCGAUACUCUGACACAUGGAGAUGAGAGCUGCUGUAUGACAUCAGUAAUUAAACCCCCGAGGGUUGAGGCUGGAAUUGGCAGAUGAGUAAGUCAUGGCCCAGAAUGAUUGCCUUAAUUACUACACAUAUACAGAUGUAUGAAGCGAUGAAACUAAGAGAGACUUAAGAGACUUAUCCAAGUUCAAAGAUGUUUUCUUCACAUGUGAAAAAAGUGUCUUGUAAGGAACAGAUGUGAAUAUUUUAAUAUGAUAGAGACAAUGUUUGGUUGUAAUGUCGACAAUGUUUUAGUUGGGUCGGCUUUCUAGGUGUCAUUGGUUACUAAAUGGUGAGUUUGCUUUCUGCUUAUGCGCAGUCAGCAGUAUGACAUAAUCUAUUUUUAUCUUCUUUCAUAAUGUCAACCAAACAAGGCUGGCCUGAGUUGCUCACUCAAAUGCUGGCAACAAACUCUCAAUUCACAUCGUGUCAUAACACAUGAAAAUCCUCAUUCAGUAAGUGUGUAGGGAGAGAAAUGUGAGACAAAUAUUGACUGGCUCAAUGCAACAUAUUGAAAUACAUCAGAAGAAUAUCCUCUUACAUUAAGAUCCACUUACACUAAAGCAAAGAUGUCAGACACAUAAACACAAUCAUAAAUAUCUGCCACACUCACUUUCUAUAGCAGAAAAACAGCAGAUGAAACUCAACGGGCUUUUCACCGCCCGAGGAUCAUCAAUGUAAAGACCUUAGGUUUUUUUCUCAGAUGCAAAUUUAAAGCUGACCAGCUGCUUUGGUGAUAUGUUUUCACUUUGAAUUUAACUGUAUGCAAAAGUAACAUGGACGUGUGUUCUAUAUUUUUUUAAACCUAGCCUUGAUAAUUACAUAACCAAAGGUGAAACCCUGAAUAUAUUGUAUGUUGUGGACUUCUGGAAAUUGUUAUGACAUAGAUGCACACCGAAUAGGAAAAAAAAUGUAAAUAGCAGACGUUUAUACCUGUGUGUCCUCAGAUGUGUUGCAGAUAGAGUAAUUUAAGACUUUUUACUUUCUUUGACUGUUAUGCCCAUCAACCAUAACCACCUGUUUGGUUUGUCCUCGCUCAUGCCAUCAUAUUCUUCAUAAUGUUGUGAAUGCUGCUCCAACAUGUUGCAUCGUCAUGUUUUUUAUUUUUCCCACUGCCUGUUGAAAAUCCACCUAUUCUGAUGUAAUUUAUUUGGUUUACUAAAACAAAAGGUCGCUGUAUUUGUGCAGCUUUGUCAACCAGUAUUUUGUUACCUCUGCAAUUUUGCCCAUUAGUGAAAUGUCCACUAUCAUGGCAGUUUUAUUUUAGUUGUUGGAUGCAGUAACAAGUUAUAUCACACACUGUGUUAACUGUUAUGGCUCUUAAAAGCUUGAAUUUAGAUAUCUGGAUCUUAGUGUCUUUCGCUCUACAUCUAAACAAAAUCCAAAGUUCACAUCCUUGCGCUUUAUCGAGAAUUUGUGACUGUAAUUACCUCAGUAAUAGUAUCCCUCAAACAAAGCUGUUCACUGAAUGUUCCAGAUAUUUCCUUGGUGUCAGAAAAAUAACACAAAAUAGCCACAAUAGUUUUAAAAUAGAUGUCAGUAAUGAGGAGGAUGCUUUUUAUUGGCAAGACGUAGAUACAAAUUCAGAUUGUCAUUUCUGCAUGUCAGCAGUUUUACCAGGACUAUCAGUAUUUUCCAAUUAGGUUUAGGGAUUUUAAAAGUUACACAUAUAUAACAAUAAGAAGGAAAAGGUGAAAGACACAGUCCAAAGGGAACUGAUCAUGACAGAAAUCAUUGAGAGUGGAUUACAAAUAUCUAGUUGUUGCUGUCACUUAAAUGUUAAAAUUUCUUUAAAGAUUUUGUUCUCUAAAUAUGAAAUAUUAGCCAUAUUAGUCAAAGUUGAGUAGCAAAGGGAAAGUAAAACAGUGAUUCAACAGAUUAGUCAAAUUACCGUAAUGACACUAAAUGUAAAAAUUGCACUGCUCCCACAGUGGCUGUUCUUAACCAAAUUAUUUGAGAAUGAAAACACUUGAUAAUACAAGGAUUUAGGUUUAUUUGGUAUAUACUUUCUUAACGAAGGCUAGAUGAGAAGAUUGACACUACACUCUACGAUAAAUAUAAGGCUCUUUCCUGCAGCUGGUUAUCUCAGCUUAACAUAAAGACAUGUUUAUGCUUAUCACAGCAAUAUUUUAAGAUGAUCAACUCAAAAGUAGUGUCACUGCACCUGGCAACAAAAUAGUCAGACACUUAUGCUAAGCUAAGAUAACUAGCUGCUGGCUCUAGCUACACACUAUACAGACAUGCAUGUGUUAUUAACUCUUCAAAACAAAUAAGCACAUGUCCUAAACUAUUACCUAAAGAUAUAAAUGAAAUUCUAACCAGUUUGCUGACAAUGUUAGAUCAUGUGCCUAAAGCACAGGUUGUUACAACUCUGAGGGGCAGGGAGGCAGAGACUUCAGAAGAUUUCAGGCCAAAUGUUGGAUCACAAAAAGAUAUAGCUAGCCCAGAUGCAGAACUAUCAUAAAAACAACAGCCAGAAGAUUUACUGCAACAACACUGAUCAAUUUGUAUGAGACAAAUUAAUCUAUCUAGUGAUAUGUUCAGCUACAAAGCAGUACAAAAGAUGCUGAACCAAAGAAGAAGAAAUAUGCCCACAAGGGAGUACAGAGAACAAGAACAGGAUCAGAUGGACAAUAGAUCCUCAAGGCCACCACAUCCAAUCAAGCAGAACAAACAAGCACAAAAAAGGAAAACUACUCAGUCUCUAACCCAUUUUCUCAUUCUAUGAAUUAAAAUAAUUCAUCGGGUUAGAGGCUGCAAUUAUGUUCGUUUGCACUGUUGCACUGCCCUGACUUAAAUCUGCUUUGAUCCGGAGAUCAGUAGUAACACAGAGAAGGACGAUGCACUACAUGAUAUACAGUAUGAAGCACAAGGCAGAUUGAACAUUACAUGGAAAAAAGAACUGAUUCUAAAAAUGUCUGAGCUGAAUGACACUGAAUAAAAUACUCCUAUUUUAUUAUCCAGUGGAUGUUUAAUCGAGAUUCUUGGUCAUCCAUUCAGAUCACGAGUGGAAAAAUAUCCUGAAGAUCACAUUUUUAGUACUGCUAGAUUUUCCUGUGGAUGUUAAAAUUGCCUGAAGUAAUAAUCUUUGUAAUAAUUGUUAUGAUUCAGCACAGCCAGUGAGUAGACUUUAAAAAGCUGUCAGGGAGGUUAACAGUUAGUCUGUGUGGGGACAUUAGAUAACACACAUAACAAGGUGAGAAGAGAAAUUUUUAAUUAUGAUCACCUCUGAGCUGGAAAACUCACUUAACAUGUUUCUCACUGUCAUAGCUGCUGGCCAGAGGAGGAGGAGAAAGAG